GCGAGAGCUGCCGGCGCGUAGCGAUGGAGCCGGGUUGCGGUGGUGGUCCGGGUUUGCUCAUCGUCAAUAACAAACAACGGAGCGGAGGGCUUGGGCUCACGACGACGACGCCCCCGCCGCCACCGGGAGGAAAGGGUCGGGAGCCUAAUCGUAACCAGCGCAAAGACUCGGAGGGCUAUUCAGAAUCACCAGACUUUGAGUUUGAAUAUGCAGAUGCUGACAAAUGGACCGCUGAGCUCUCAGAACUGUACAGUUAUACAGAAGGUCCUGAAUUCCAGCUCAACAGAAAAUGCUUUGAGGAGGAUUUUAGACUGCAUGUGUUGGAUAAGAAAUGGACAGAACUGGACACUAAGCAGCAUCGUACUCAUGCCAUGAGACUUCUUGAUGGCCUUGAGGUCACAGCUCGGGAAAAAAGGCUCAGAGUAGCUCGAGCCAUCCUCUAUGUUGCACAAGGCACAUUUGAUGAGUGUAGUUCAGAAGCUGAGGUUCAGUCUUGGAUGCGAUACAACAUUUUUCUUCUGCUUGAAGUUGGGACAUUCAAUGCUUUGGUGGAGCUUUUGAACAUGGAAAUUGAUAACAGUGCUGCCUGUAGCAGUGCAGUGAGGAAGCCUGCUAUCUCCCUGGCUGACAGCACAGAUCUGAGGGUGCUUCUGAACAUUAUGUACCUUAUUCUGGAGACUGUCCGUCAGGACUGUGAAGGAGAUAAGCCUGAGUGGAAGACAAUGCGACAGACCUUCAGAGCAGAGCUAGGGGCACCUCUGUAUAACAACGAGCCAUUUUCUGUGAUGCUCUUUGGCAUGGUGACAAAAUUCUGCAGUGGCCAUGCCCCACACUUUCCUAUGAAGAAAGUUUUGCUGCUGCUCUGGAAGACUGUCCUGUGUACCCUUGGAGGAUUUGAGGAACUUCAGGAUAUGAAAGCAGAGAAACGAGAGAUGCUGGGUCUUCCCCCACUUCCUGAGGAUAGCAUAAAAGUGAUUCGCAACAUGAGGGCUGCCUCUCCUCCAGCAUCAGCUUCUGAUUUGAUUGAGCAGCAGCAGAAACGGGGUCGACGGGAACACAAGGCUCUUAUUAAACAGGAUAAUCUAGAUGCAUUCAAUGAGCGCGAUCCCUACAAAGCUGAUGAUUCCCGGGAAGAUGAGGAGGAGAACGACGAGGACAAUAGUCUUGAGGGAGAGACAUUUCCUCUCGAAAGAGAUGAAGUGAUGCCUCCUCCUGUGCAGCACCCUCCAACUGACCGACUGACAUGUCCAAAAGGUUUGCCUUGGGCACCAAAAGUCAGGGAAAAGGAUAUUGAGAUGUUUCUGGAGUCUAGUCGAAGCAAAUUCAUUGGCUAUACCUUGGGGAGUGACACCAACACCAUAGUGGGAUUGCCAAGACCAAUUCAUGAGAGUAUCAAAACUCUGAAACUGCACAAGUAUACAUCUAUUGCAGAAAUUCAAGUUCAAAUGGAAGAGGAGUAUCUGCGUUCUCCCUUGUCGGGGGGGGAAGAGGAGGUUGAGCAAGUUCCAGCUGAAAUCUUAUACCAGGGUCUUCUUCCUAGCCUGCCUCAAUACAUGAUUGCCUUGCUGAAGAUUCUGCUGGCCGCAGCACCCACCUCCAAAGCCAAGACUGAUUCCAUCAACAUCCUUGCAGAUGUUUUGCCAGAGGAGAUGCCAACAACUGUGUUACAGAGUAUGAAGCUGGGCGUUGAUGUGAAUAGGCAUAAAGAGAUAAUUGUAAAAGCUAUUUCUGCUGUCCUGCUGCUGCUGCUCAAGCAUUUUAAGCUGAAUCAUGUAUAUCAAUUUGAAUACAUGGCUCAACAUCUAGUGUUUGCCAACUGCAUUCCACUUAUACUGAAAUUCUUCAAUCAGAACAUUAUGUCAUACAUCACAGCAAAGAAUAGCAUUUCUGUUUUGGAUUAUCCAUAUUGUGUGGUACAUGAACUACCAGAGUUGACUGCAGAGAGUUUGGAAGCUGGAGACAAUAAUCAGUUUUGCUGGCGGAACCUGUUUUCUUGCAUUAAUCUUCUUAGGAUACUGAAUAAGUUAACAAAGUGGAAACACUCUAGGACCAUGAUGCUGGUGGUUUUCAAGUCUGCUCCCAUUCUAAAACGAGCCCUGAAAGUGAAGCAAGCCAUGAUGCAACUCUAUGUAUUGAAACUUCUCAAAGUGCAGACAAAGUACCUGGGACGUCAGUGGAGGAAAAGCAACAUGAAAACUAUGUCCGCAAUCUACCAAAAAGUGCGACAUCGGCUCAAUGAUGACUGGGCUUAUGGCAACGAUCUGGAUGCACGUCCGUGGGACUUCCAAGCUGAAGAAUGUGCACUACGGGCCAGUAUAGAACGUUUCAACUCUCGACGCUAUGACCGGGCACAUAGCAACCCUGAUUUUCUACCUGUAGACAACUGUUUGCAAAGUGUGUUGGGCCAGCGGGUGGAACUGCCUGAAGAUUUCCAAAUGAACUAUGACUUGUGGCUGGAAAGGGAAGUUUUUUCUAGACCGAUCUGCUGGGAGGAGUUGUUGCAAUGAUGAUUUAUAAAAGGGAAAUCUUUCAAGACAUAAUGCUAAUACAUGUGCCCAAAGAUAAUGUUCCCGUUCUUCAGUCAACCAGGCAUAGAGGAGUUAAAAUUGGUUUUUGGUGACUUAUGACCAACAGUUUUUCCUUUUUCCUCCAGGUGGCAGCAUGUACCUGACAAUGGCUUUCCUACAUCUUUGGUGCUGCUUCAGUUACUGAUUGCUAAAUAGGUACAGAGUAGCACAGCUGUAGCCCUGGGCCAGCUGUAGCAAAAUAUCAGUAUCAGUUGUUCACUAGACUCUGUUCCAAAAUUAAAAUGGCAGCUUUUUUAGCUACAUCCACCACCCUUGUCCCAGAAAGGCAAAGUGACAUCAUUUCCUUACUAGCUUCUAAGAGAGAAAGUGAUUUCUUAGUGGUGCAGGUGCAAAGAGAAAAGGAUAAAAAGCUAUCUAGUGCAUAAAGGUAAUGUCUGAUUAGGAGGAACAGAAACUGGAAGUUAGAUGAAUGUAUAGUUCUGCAACAGAAUUCUCAGCUUCUGGGACAAGGAUGGGUGUGGAAGCGCUUUAGCGUGGAAGCACCAUACCAGGCUUACCUCAGCCAUGAGGGAAGAGAAAAAGCAACUAUUUUGAUAAUGGGUGUUGUCCCAUUUUGUGUCUCUGAUUGAAUCAUACUCUAGAUAAGUCACACUCAGUGUUAUUGAUAUUGAUAAAUAUUAUUGAAUAUUAAUAUCUAUUUUGUUCCACUGAGUAAAUUUCCAUUUUGAGAGAGAGAACCCAUGUUGAUGUUCUGUUUCCUAAACAUCUUUUUUCCUGUAGUAAUUGUCUGAAAUCCCAAGGAGUUUCAAAUUAGUUUUCAGCACAGGUGCUGAUGCCUGUGCAGUUUCCUUAAUUUGGCUUUGUGCGAUAUAUUUGACCCCAAUUUCCUCAGUCUAAUUUUGCAGAGGUAGACAGGUCUGUUCUCUGUGGAUGUUCCCCUUCAACCUAAUUUUUCAAAGGGAAGUAGCGGUGUUAUUUCCAUUACUGUUUUGUACGACACAAGCUCUGAGUCCCUGCUAGCUGUAUUGUGAAUAAGAUGGAAGAAAAGGCAUCUACUCAAAGAAGGUGCUAAAAUGCAUUUGUUAAUAGGGUGGAUGAUACCUGUUUCCUAGGAGAUAAUAUCUCCUGUGCUAAUAGGCUAAACAGCCAUAGCUGUCAAUUGGAUUUGGUUAUAUUUGUGAGCAUUCAGGAGCAAGCAAGUUCAGUCAGUAGCACAAACGACUGCUCUCUGUGUGGCAUGUUUGUUUGUUUUCCAGAUCAUUUUGUAACCUGAUAACAAGCUUGGAUUGCAAUCCUAAAAUGACUUACUUGGAAAUAAGGCCCACUGAAAUUAAUGUGACUUCUGAACAAAUACGUUUAAGACUGGAGUUGCAUUAAAAUGCUACUACAAAACCAGAAGUGGCCAAAUGCUUUCCAGUUAGCCCUGUUUACUUAUACCCAAACACUCCUGUAUGGUUAAUCGAGGUAUGGCUGAGGUUAUAGAGUGUGUCUGAGAGAAAGAACAGCAGGAACCAAGGGGUAUUUUGUUUAUUUAAAAGUAAGAAUUAAGCUUAGCAAAUCUUUACGUCAAGACACUUAACUUUAAAAAAGAUCCUGCAGGGAGCUAAUGUAAGAAUUAUGAUAUAACGAUAGUUGGAGAUUUCAAACUUUUUUCAACUAAGAAGGUAGCCUUUUCCUUACCUCAGCAUUGUGAAUAGUAUAAUGGUGACAUACGUUUACAUGAAAAAGCAACAAACUUUAAAAACAGCAAAAUACCUUUUAUUUUAUAAUCAAUGCUUGCUUUAUGAAUUUGUGACUUACUAGUACUUCCUGGGUCUUUCUACACAGUGAAAACUAUGGGCUUGAGAAAGUGAGUAAAAGUUCUGUUUCUAAUAUAGGAGCAGGAGCAAGUUAAUGAAGGCAUUGCUGUUCGAAAUGUUACGCCUUUUUGCUGCUGCACUGGAAUCUUUAGAACAUCAACAGGAAAUCCUUCCAUAGCCGUCUGAUGUGGAAUAUAAAUGUGAUGCUAAAUAUUUUCUUGAUGUGUGGGGGGUGGGCAUGGGGCAUCUGCAUUUGCAAAGAGCUGCUAUUCAUAAGGCCACUCUUGCCUCUGGCUGUUCCCCAACUGAGGUGGCAAUUAAAUGCAUUUGGUAGAGCCAGAGCUAAGACAGCAAUACCUGUUUCCUAAGUCAUCUUAGGAAGGAUGGACCUACCAUGUGGUCUGUUAGCAUGAAAAUAGGAUGUCCUUCCCUGCUUAAGUUGUGACAGCACAAGUUAUUUCUCAGAAGAGUUGCUACUCCACCUGAGGUGGGGUAAAAUUGAUUUCCCCAUGUUUCUUGCAGGUAAGUAAUCCAGCUUCUACACACACUUGUUUCUCUGCCUAUGUGGUCACAUUCCCCAUGGCAUCUUCUUUUAUGCCUAAAAUCCUGCCGUUUUUGCUAGAAAGAGAUAUGUGUCAAUUCUUGCUUUUCCUUGGUAGCCAUUGGUUUCAUCAAAUCAGGAAGUGAAACAGCUGGGACAUGGUUGCAUCUUGACAGUUCAUGCUCUUGACUUAGCUUGCUUUCCACCUAAUUACAUUUCUCUGCAGGUAAGUAGAAUUAGGGUGAGGGGAUUUUUUUCCCCCAGUGUUGAAUGGAAAUAGAUGGAAAUUAAAUGAAUAUUGUAAUAGGGUUUCAAUCAUGCUUGGCUGCAAACGUUUUGCUAAAGGAAGUUUGGGAAAAGAACAGUUCGUUGGCAUUCUAAUGUAUUUGGUUUAGCUGUAAAAAUAGUUUUGCUUCAUUUCUGAUAUCAGCAAGCACAUGAUAUUUUAAAUCUUUUCAGUCCUGAUAUUAAGGGUACUUUUUUUUUGUCUGUAUUUACUAAUCUAUGAUUAGUCAUAGAUUACUCAUCUACGAUCAGUCCUCAUAGUUGAUGGAGCCAAUUGGAGAACAAGCAAGCUCUAGUCUUGAUAGCUGAUAUGGUGGGGUUGAGGUAGCUUGCGGGAUACCUGUCUUAAGACACCUUUCGAGGAAUCUGAUUUAUGUGCUAGCUGUGGUAUCAAACCAGAAGUAGUUGCACAAUCCCUGCAUUGUCUGCUGUAGACCAUAGCUGUUGAUAAUUUUGAAAGAAGUUUUUCAUCAUGUGGAAGGGAUUGUGAAUUUCAGUUUAUUUGGUCUUUUCCUCCUUUCUCUUAAAAUGGAGCUGAACCCACCUAAUCAUAAUACAUUUCUUAGGGAUCUCUUACCUGAAAUGGUGGAUUAGCACUCACUAGGAUUGUUCUAAUGGCACAGAAGUUGAAACAAUCUCUUUGGAUGACUUGCAUUGUUUAGAAAAUGGGUUUUUAACAACCUGUAUUACAUUUGAGCACAAGAAAGGAUUUUUUUAGUUGAAACAAGAGGUAUCUUUAUAACUGUAAGAACAAACACUUCUUGUUGGAAGUGAGUCAAUUUUACUGAGUAAGAUUUAUUGCUAGUUUUCUAUGAAAAGUUAAAUGUGAUAAUCUGGAUUUUAAAAAAUAGGAAAGGCCAUUUCAGAUGGUUUGCACCUCCUACAUACUCUAUUUUCUACAGAUUCGUAGUAAUGACUUUUUGAUGCACAAAUAUGUCUGCCUUAUUGUAAUUGGAAUACAAGCAUAAUGAGGUAAUUUUGGCCUGAAGGUACUGCUCUGUCACACAAAUGAAAUAGUCUUAUGGGGAAGUUUACCUAACCCCACUGAGUGCAAUCUUUCCUUAGUUUAGCCAGAGAUUCACAACCUGAGGCUCCAGCUUUGCAGGUAGUUUAAGAAGUAAUUAUAAGUUGUUACCAAAUUGUAAUUUUAAUGUGAUGAAGGAAAGGGGGGAAUAUGCACAACUAAAGUUACCAGUUUUUCUCUUGGCCCAGAGACCUGUUCUCUGGCAGACCAGUCUGUGCACUCCUGACUGAAAGAAACCUAUUUCUACAACCCAAGCAAGGCUUUUGAGUUUUCCCACACAAGAACACAAGAACUUAGCUCAAGAGCUGGGGGAGGGGGCAUCUUACUGAGUAAGCAUAACUUCCAAAGCUCCUUCCCCCAGUUUGUAUGAUGUGCAAUAAAUACAGGGAUGAUUACUGGUUAAAAGGAAUGAGUUGACUCCAAAGCUAGAAUCCACAAUUUAUAUAUUAUAUACAUUACCAUUCUUUCUCCCCCAUUCCAGUUUGGUGUCAUUCAUUAAUCACACACAGAUUUGGAGUUCUAUGUGAAGAUUAGAUUUAUAUCCAAAGAGCUGGAGUGGAACUUCUAAGCAUUUUGGUGGGGUGGAAUUGGUUAGAAUGAGAGUUGUCUGAGCCUUCCUUUCUGCAUGUUGUUAUUGUGUGUAGUGUAAAUAUCAAUCAUGAGAAGGCCUGCAGAAUCAUUGUUCUUAUGGCUAGAAACUUGAAGCAGUUCCUGUGGAAGAGAGAGAUUCCAUAAUCUGUUUCAAUGUACAUUUUGGUAUAAGGGCGAAAGACAGUAUCCAGUCUCCUAAAUCUGGAAGGGGGGACCUAGUUCUUGUUUCUUUAGGGAAAUAGAUCUGUGCUCAUGUGGGGAGUGCUGUUUGAAGAAUCCUUUUCACUUUCUUUAGAGAAUCCAUUAAAAAAGAUUAUUAAAUUGACAAAGGUGUCAGUAAUGGAGAGUGGCUAGAUAGUUCUGCCUUUAACUCUUGAGGAUGUGGGAAUAUUGCACAAAAGGUAAUAUUUUGUAGGGUAAGGCUUUGGCAGUGUGUGAAAAGCUUAGCCUGAUCCUUGUGCCAAUUUUUUUUCAUUUUGUUUAAGCGUACCACCAUUUAGGACUGGACUACUUGAAAUCUCCAAAUAUUUUCUUUAGCGGGAAUAGAAAAUACCUCUUUUGGUCUUCUACUUUGAUUUUUAUGUUAUAUCUCCAUCAAGUUUCUUGUUCAUAUGGAUGAGCAGUAAUUAUGUAUGGCUUCAAUAUAUUUUGGAAACCUCUUACUUUCCCAUGUCUUCCUUGGAAACUUAGCUAUUUGUUUUUUAAGUGUCCAAAUCAACCCCUAGUAAUUUUUUACUGAGUUUAACUAAAGUGUUUGGAAUCGGUAUGCCAACUUCAGAGCGCUUUGUUUGAGGAAAAGCCUCUGUUUCUGCUGUCUUUAAUCCUGUUUUCUCCUCUUCUCUUCAGCAAGAGGCUCAGGUUUCAAGAGCCCUUUCACUAGGCAAUUUGGCUUCCUAAUUACAGCAAUCACGGUACCACUUUUGCUUUGAUUCUGUAAUUAGGCUUGCUUAUUUUCAAUCCAACUGAGAGAAACAAUUGAGUAGUAAAUUUCUUAAAAACAUUAUUUUACACCACCAAUUACCAGUGGGCAAACUUAAAAAGAUAACCCUAAACAGGGUUUCCUUUAUAGCAAUUGUUGAGAAAUAAAAUGGAAAAAAAUCAGCAUUUUGUUUGCUUGGGUUAAAUGUAUUACCUCUGAACCAUCCUGAAUUGUUCAAUUUACAAGAAUAUGAAAAGGCAGUGGCAACUUGAGGCUCUUUUUUUUUUUUUUUUGGUGCAUUUUCCCUGCUUCAUUCAUGAUAUUUUAUGGAUGUACAAAUGACAUUGCCUUCUGUUAGUAUUCCAUAUUUUUCUAUGGGCUUCUCCCCCAUCUUUUCCUCUACUGUACACAUUCUGUUGAGAGCUGGCUGGACUAGAAAUGGGGAGAGCAUGAGUUCUUUCUAGUCUCCCUCAUGCAUGGAACUGACUGGGUGGCUUUGGACCAGCCAUUCUCAGCCCAACCCACCUCACAGGGAUAUUGUUGUAGAGCAAAUAGGAGGAGGGACCAUUAUGUAUGUGGCUUUGUGUUCUAAAAAAUAAAGAAAUACAAAUCAAGGAUGUAACAAUCAAGAAUAUCUUUAUUGUGACUGUUGGGAGUUGGCCAUCUGGAAUCGCUCUAGAAGAUGUUCAUAUACAAUGCCAAGCCAGGGCUUCUUCUGAACAAACUAUGACAGCUCUAACAUUAUAUGUCCAUUCAUUUAUCGUGUUAAGGCAGAGGUGCAUGACCUAAAGCCCUAGGGUUCCAUAGGACCCCAUCAAUCCCUUUAAAAUUGUUACUAAAUUGUAAAUAUUUGUGACAGAAUGGGAAAAUUGUUAAAUACAUAUAAACAUGAUAACUGUAAUUUCAAUUAAAUGUCAAUGAAAUCAAAA